UUUAAAUACUUAUUUUAUUUACUAACGUUUUUAUACAAAAAAGUUUAUGAUAUUUAUUAUGAAAUUAUUAAAAUGAUGUAAAACUAAUUAUGCAGUUACCAUUAACAUUGAUUAUAGAUCUAUUAAAAUAAAAAUUAAAUCAAACAAAUAUUAACAGAUUUGCAGUAAUUUAAAAUGGACUCGCCUUAAGUGUAAAUAAGGCAGCCAUUGAACAUUCGAGAUCCAUCUGUUUCAGCAGUGCGAAUUGUCUAUAUCUAAGAUAUUUCAAACUUACGUUAUAAAUUAUUUUCAACAACAUUAAAUAUUAAUUAUUUAAUAUCGAGAAGGAUGGCUUGGUGCUUCAGUGAAGAAGAUUCUUUCCUGCGAGUGUUUGAUCUUGGGUCCAAGGAGAAAUCCAUGAUAGUAACAGGUUUAAAGAAGGGACCGGCCAAACAUUUGCUUACGUCAAAUGCUGAGGCAAGAGCUAAACUAAGGACUAUGGCUGCCGUGGCUGACCUCAAUGAGGUAAUGUGGGCAUGAAUAGAGGCACUUGCCAGCCAGUGGACAGACGUGAAGCCGAUGAAGCAGACUGCCUUCACACACUUCGUUACCUUGGAUGACAACAAUAAGGGGAGGUUGCUGACGGUAUGGGAGGAAUUAGGAGUCAAAAGUUAUCAGAAAGAGCUGAACAGACUCACAGCAAGAAAGAUGAAAGCUGCAGUAACACCAAACACACAAGAUGAGAAAACGGGCAAUACUGACAAUGAGAAUGAUGAUUGCAAUACAGCUACAAAUGGUUCAGAUGAACGUACGCACAGCUUAACUCAAGAGGAGUUUGACAGAUUGAAGGAAGAGAACAAGAAUAAAGAUAUCAUGGUGAAAAAGUUGCAAGAAGAAAAUCAGCAAUUAAAGAUUGACAAUAAGGAUCACCUUAAAACAAUAGAAAAACUAAGAGAUGAAGUAAAAAAGUAUGCAGUAAUGGCCGCUAAUCAUAAGGCUCACUCUGGUGAGAACGAAAGUCAGCAGAAAAAAUCCAGUAGGACUGCUAAGCGACCACUUGAGAAUGAAAGGGAGCCCUUGGUGGAUGAAAGUGAGCAACCAAGCAAGAAAGUAAAGUUCUCUGUUGGUGAAAAAGUUCGGGCAUUGUAUAAGGAUGGACAUUCCUACAAGGCCAGGAUUAUAAGGAUUAACAAAAUUCCUACAGAGUGAAGUAUAUUCAAGAUGGAGUGGUCCAUGAUGUGGAUGGUGAAGGACUCGUUACUUAUGGUUGAAUUACCUGAAUUACCAGAAAUUUUCAUCUUAUGAUCUUAAU